AUGCGAGGAGCCCUUGAGCACCAUCAAUCAAGAAGUAGACGGAUUAUUGAGCAAACUUUGAAGUGUGGACUAUCUAGUUCUAAAACUUCAGUACUGUAG